UGGGUGGGCGAGGAUGAAAAUACACAAGCCUGAAUCUUUCAAACACAUCGUCCGGCUCUCUCCACGUACGCGACCAUGACUAACCUCUCAGACAACGAUUCGGCCUUUGGCGAUGAACCUUUCUUUUGGAAUACCGAUCCCAUGUUCUCUUCUUUAGCCGCGCCGCUCGCUGGCUCAAAGCGCAGUCUCGAAAACGAUGACGCCAAAAUCCAAUCGGGCCUAACGCACCAGAAGGAGCCCAAAGCUGGACACUUUAUUGACGAAUGUUGCACUCACUGUCCGGAGCCGUGCGACGAGGCUUGUGACCGCCCUUCCAAACGUAGGGCGUCGCCUAUUAAAGUGGGUGAGUUCCACAGCAUGACCACAGAGCCGCACGCGAGCUUCGACACGGACCACCAGUUCCCAGACGACUGUUUUGAGAAAUUCUGUCAAGAGUGCAACAUAGAGCCCUCGUGUCCCCCAGAGUGUGCAGUACCGUGCCCUGGUGAGUCGAGUUGCUCGCCUGAGGAUGCCUGCUUCGACCCCUCCUGCGACCAGAGGGGCGAGCAUUGCUCAGAUGGGUGUAUAGACCCAGAGUGCACCAAGCUAUCUUGCCCACACGAGCCGUGUUUCUGCCAGAAAUGCGACGCUCAGCCCUGUCCACUGGGUGACCUUCAUAACGAAUGUCAUUCUGCUCAUUCAGCCCCUACCCAGACCGGUACCAUAUACUGCUACGACGACUCACCCUGUCACUUUCAGGAAGGUUAUCAUGAAACUAACAACGGGCUCUCGUCGUUCGAGACUUAUCCAUGCUUCUCCCAAACUCAUCCAUACAUGGGCGGAAACAAUAACACAGGUCACGCAUCGAGUGUUCCCACGCCUCUACUCUCGCCGAGCAAUUACACAUCACUGGAGAGUGCUUUCACCAGUGAACCGUCGCCAGCUCCAGGACAAACCAACUUUUCCAACUGUUAUCUCAAUGUGUCUUCGGACCACUGCCACAUUGACAACGCGUGUUGUCAUGGGACGAAGCGAGCGUGUGGAGACCACCCUUCUGCCCCUCAACUCCAUCUCGAUAUGUGGAACUCGUCCAUAGCGCAGGGUAACGGGUUGGCACACAACUUCAUGGGGUUUGGAAUCAAUACAAGUCAUCCCACUUCACCCGUGUCAUCAGUCCAUCCGUCAAUGGGCUCGAGUCUGUUCAACAACUCUCUAGAUCAAUCAAUACUAGGAUUCCACAACCAGUCUUGGACGCUUCCCGACUCUUCGUUCUCGAACUCGUUCCACUUCAACGCACCUGGAAUGAACAAGCUAGACUUCCUGGCGACUGCUCUCCAACAGGAAUUCAUGAAUCCUACCUCCUCUCUCGCCAACACUCCAUCUGUAGACCCGGGUUCCGUUUCCGGUACCGUAUCAUUCGCAGGAACAUCAUCAGAUUCACAGAACUGCACAUGCAGAUGGCAGCAUGCCCCAGGUAUCCUCUGUCUCGCCGCCUUUGACUCGGCUGAAGCUUUACACAAACAUAUGAAGGCCGCACACGUCGACAACUGCACGCGCUGCUUCUGCCAAUGGGAAGCUUGCGAAGCCUCCUCCAAAGACUUCAAACAGCGCUCCAAAUUAUCACGUCAUUUACUCGGUCAUGCUGGCUACCGUCCCUACGCAUGUAGCUACGAAGGCUGCGACAAGACAUUCGCGACGAAUCAAGCAAAAGAUAACCACGAGCGGACACACACCGGCGAGCGACCGUACGUAUGCGAUCGCUGCGGUUACACAACCACCACGCACACUCAACUACAAACACACAUCAGCGCGCUGCACGAGGGAAAGAAGCCACACAAGUGCCGCUUCUGCGACUUCACAUGCGCCGACUCGAGCAACCUCAGCAAGCACGAGCGGACUCACCAGACUCUUCGCCCCUACCGCUGUCCCCACCCAAACUGCACUUUCAAGCCCGACUGUCGCUGGGAGAAUCUCAAGCGCCACCUGCGCCGCUCGGGGCACUGCCCACAGCUUCUGUUCGACGAUAGCGAGGAAUACAGGGUGUACAGGGAGAGCGUAAGGCAUGAGAUUGAUGACUGGCAUAGGCGGAAUGAAGAUAGUGGCACGGGGAAGUUGGGUCGACGCAAAGGCAGAGGGUGAGUGAUCGGUCGGUUCUCUACUACCGUUGCAUUGCUGGAGUCGGUUGGGUGGAGAGGCGGCAUUUAUUGGAGGUUUCGUUGCAUGGGCUGAGAUGGAGGUGAUGCUCGAUGAAGAAUUGUGAUAUGAGCAUGGUGCCUACUUCCCUUUGGUACAACCAUAGGCAGCAAGAAUACGAGCGCAGAGGCGACGUAC